AGCAGCCUUUGCUACUUGGUUGACAUGUAGUGUCGCCAUUUGAUUCAAUGGGGCAUCGCUUUUUAUUCCAGCAUUUGGUUUUUUUAGACUAUAAAUUAUUAGAAUGUCUAGGAAGGUGUAACGUAAGAUUAAAAGAGAAAGAGGGUUGGAGGACUCAAGUAUGUAUCAUGUAUGUAUAAAUGUCCAAGCACCACAAAGCGCAUAGCUGACCCUACAAUGGCAAGACCAAAAAACUCUCGUCUGUGGUUUCUCCUUCUCAGUCUCAUCUGCAGUCUGCUCAAUACGCACAGCACUGCAGCAGCUUCGGAGGAUGAUGGUCGAAAGGAGUAUAUUGUGUACAUGGGUGCCAAGCCUGCCGGAGAUUUCUCGGCAUCUGCCAGUCACACCAACAUGCUGCAGCAAGUCUUUGGCAGUAGGGCAUCAACUUCUCUGGUCCGCAGUUACAAAAAGAGUUUCAAUGGAUUUGUAGCGAAGCUAACAGAGGAGGAAAUGCAACAAAUGAAGGGAAUGGAUGGGGUGGUCUCGAUUUUCCCUAACGAAAAGAAACAGCUCCAUACAACUAGGUCCUGGGAUUUCGUGGGGUUUCCCCAACAAGUUAAAAGAACGAGUUUUGAAAGCGACAUUAUCAUAGGAAUGUUAGACACUGGAAUAUGGCCGGAGUCUGACAGCUUCGAUGAUGAAGGAUUUGGUCCACCGCCAAGGAAAUGGAAGGGCACUUGCCAUGGGUUUUCCAAUUUCACUUGCAACAAUAAAAUUAUUGGAGCCAAGUACUACCGGAGCGAUGGAGAAUUUGGCCGAGAAGAUUUACGAUCCCCAAGAGAUUCACUCGGCCAUGGGACACACACUGCAUCGACUGCGGCUGGGGGCUUAGUUAGCAUGGCAAGUCUAAUGGGCUUUGGUUUGGGAACUGCACGGGGUGGGGUUCCAUCAGCUCGGAUAGCUGUGUAUAAGAUAUGUUGGUCUGAUGGCUGUCAUGGUGCUGAUGUUCUUGCAGCAUUUGAUGACGCAAUUGCUGAUGGGGUUGAUAUAAUUUCUAUUUCAGCUGGGAGUUCCACACCCAGUAAUUAUUUUGAAGAUCCAAUUGCAAUUGGAGCUUUUCAUGCAAUGAAGAAUGGGAUACUAACAUCAACUUCUGCUGGUAACGAGGGACCUCGCUUUAUUUCCAUCACAAAUUUCUCCCCAUGGUCGCUUUCCGUGGCUGCUAGCACCAUAGACCGGAAGUUCUUUACCAAGGUGAAACUAGGUGACAGUAAGGUUUAUAAGGGAUUUUCGAUAAAUACAUUUGAGCUCAACGACAUGUAUCCUUUGAUUUAUGGUGGGGAUGCCCCGAAUACUAGAGGAGGUUUUAGAGGGAAUACAUCCAGGUUUUGCAAAAUAAAAUCAUUGAACCCAAAUUUAGUGAAGGGUAAAAUUGUCUUUUGCGAUGGCAAGGGUGGUGGGAAAGCUGCAUUCUUGGCAGGUGCCAUUGGGACUUUGAUGGUGGAUAAACUCCCCAAAGGUUUCAGCAGCAGUUUUCCCUUGCCUGCAUCUCGCCUUAGUGUAGGAGAUGGUAGAAGAAUUGCCCACUACAUCAAUUCAACAAGUGACCCAACUGCAUCGAUAUUGAAGAGUAUUGAGGUUAAUGACACAUUGGCCCCAUAUGUACCCCCCUUCUCAUCAAGGGGUCCAAACCCAAUUACACACGACCUUCUCAAGCCGGAUCUAACAUCCCCAGGUGUACACAUUGUGGCUGCCUGGUCACCAAUUUCUCCCAUCUCUGAUGUAAAAGGUGAUAAUCGAGUAGCGCAGUACAAUAUAAUAACCGGCACGUCAAUGGCUUGCCCACAUGCUACUGGGGCAGCUGCCUACAUCAAGUCAUUUCACCCCACCUGGUCUCCUGCCGCUAUUAAGUCUGCUCUUAUGACCACUGCUACUCCCAUGAGCGCUAAAAAAAAUCCACAAGUCGAAUUUGCAUAUGGUGCAGGCAAUAUUGAUCCUGUAAAGGCUGUACACCCUGGUCUAGUGUACGAUGCCAAUGAGAUUGACUUCGUAAAUUUUUUGUGUGGGCAAGGCUAUACUGCUAAGGCUCUGCGGCAAGUCACCGGGGAUCAUAGUGUCUGUUCUAAAGCUACAAAUGGAACCGUUUGGAAUCUAAAUUAUCCUUCCUUUGCUCUUUCCACCUUCAACAAAGAAUCUAUUGUUGGCACGUUCAACAGGAGUGUCACAAAUGUUGGAUUAGCCGUGUCCACAUAUAAAGCAACUAUUAUUGGUGCCCCAAAAGGACUCAAAAUCAAAGUGAAACCAAACAUUUUAUCAUUCACAUCCAUCGGUCAGAAACAAUCCUUUGUGUUGAAGGUUGAAGGACGGAUAGUUGAAGACAUAGUCUCUACUUCUUUGGUGUGGGAUAACGGUGUACAUCAGGUGAGGUCACCCAUUGUUGUGUAUGGCGUCGAAUAAAAUUCGACAAGCCUGCUGCUUGGUACGAAGCAUAAGAGUUGUGGUAUCUACCAUAUUGAAAGAAAAGAUGUAUCUAUACAAUAUGGAAAUAAAUGAAAAAAAAAAUCAAUGUUAUUAAUGUUUCUAAA